GUGAAGGUGUGCCCCCCGCCUCCAGGACUCUCGCAGUAUUGUUUACAAACUGCAGCAGCUGGCGGGCGGCGGACGGGUCGCCUUGGCUCAUAUAUUGCUAAUCUGUGAAUUUGAGGAUCGAAGGAGUCGUCGAGGAAGAUAAUGUCUCAGCAGGUUCAGCAGGUGGUGGGUGGGCAGGUGAUGCAAGGCCAGAUGGUUCAGGUGCAGGGCCAGGUUGUCUCCGGCACACAAGUUGUCAACAGUGCAGGUCAAGUGGUGAUGUCAACUGCAUCUGGUCUGACAGGCAUUAGUGGUCAGCAGUUGGUAACACAGUUGGUGCCGGGCCAGACUAUGCAAGGCCAGGUAGUGCAUCAAACAACGACCCCAAUUGGUGUUGCCACAACUCUUGCAUCUGGCCUUACUCAGGGACAGACCUAUGCCUCUUCCAGACUGUUCACAAGGAAUGUUAUGAAUGCACAGACAGUGACAGGUGUGCAACAAGUGGUGCAAAGCCAGCAGAUACAAGCCAUAAAUAAUCAAGUGACUCAGCCAAACAUGGUGGCUGCCGCCACAGCCACACAGGUGAAGCCUGUGGGUCCUAACCAGGCAGUGCCGGUCCCGUCUGCAUCCACCAAUGCCACGGCUGAUACCACGGCACCGGUUCUUAACAAACAGAGAAUCACUGAGCUUGUCAGGGAAGUUGAUCCAAAUGAGCAACUAGAAGAAGAAGUGGAAGAAAUGCUUUUGUCUAUUGCUGAUGAUUUUAUUGAGUCGACUGUUAACGCAGCGUGUCGUCUGGCAAAGCACAGGGGAGCUCGUGCUCUUGAUGUCAAGGAUGUCCAAAUGUAUUUAGAGCGAAAUUGGCACAUGUGGAUACCAGGCUUUGGUACAGACGAGCUGCGUCCAUACAAGAGAGCACCCACAACAGAAGCCCACAAGCAGCGACUCGCUCUCAUUAGGAAAGCAAUAAAAAAAUACUGAACUUCCAGAAUUAAUCUUUUUAUUUUCUGUUCCCAUUGUUUUGGUGUAUGUUAUUUGGCAUGCAAUAAUAUGCAAGUAUUGUAAUUAACAAUUACAAUAGUAAUUGUCCAUUGUGGUGGUGCAAAUGUGAAUGUUUGUGUAUUUUGUAAUUAGCCGAGAAUGAUGUAGAGUAGGACCAAGGAUGUGUGAGGAAGCCAAGUAUUGUGAGAGGUAGGUAGGUAGGUAUGUGGGUAAUGCAUACUGACUGUGGCAGAGUAAGGAUGUGUCUUGUAUCAGUACAUAUGUAUUUUCUGAAGUUUUGAAUCUGUUCAUAAAUCCAGGGAUAGCAAGCAUGGCAUACGAGACCAUUCUCUAUUGUAUCGAGUCAGUCGGCAUAAGAUAUAUUAUAUUUGUUUCAGGUAAAAGUUUUGUAAAGUUAGUAGUUCUUAGUAUAAGAAUCAUAUUUAACUUGUAUAAUUGGCUUGGAAAACAUGUAUUUUAUGAUGAAGUUUCUUUUACACAGUUUCACAAUGACAGUGUUGGUUAAUUAUAUUGACUUUAUGAAUUUAUAAUUAUAAUUUAACCCUGUUCACAAUCUGUUAUACUGUACUGUAUUGUGAUAGUUCUGUACUUACAGUAUUAGAUGUAUAAAAUUGGAUAAUAAAAAUUAACAAAUUGAAUGAACUGAUUAAUAAGUUAUUCAACAUUGGUUAUAUUAGCUUGAUAUUUCAAUUGUUAGUAUUACAGUUUUGACAACCUAGUCAUUUGUUAGAUCUCUAGCAAGUUAAUUAGGAGUACAGAAUUAGUGGAGGCUCUAUUGCACUAUUGUGAAUUUGGAACAGUACUUUGGCUUCAGCAGUAUAUCAUGUAAUGACAAAUUUUGUCUUAAGCUGACAGGUUUUUUGUAUUCAAACUUUUGCAUUGUAUAAAUACUCAGUAUACAGUUGGAGGAGCCAGUGUGUUGGUCACCUUCCUCAGUAUACUGUUGGAGGAGCCAGUGUGUUGGUCACCUUCCUCAGUAUACUGUUGGAGGAACCAGUGUGUUGGUCACCUUCCUCAGUAUACUGUUGGAGGAGCCAGUGUGUUGGUCACCUUCCUCAGUAUACUGUUGGAGGAGCCAGUGUGUUGGUCACCUUCCUCAGUAUACUGUUGGAGGAACAAGUGUGUUGGUCACCUUCCUCAGUA